AGAUCCAAUGAACCAUCUAACUUGUCGUUUUUGGAUGAAGAAAAUUUCUGGAAUUAAUUUGCAGUUCUCUAAACGCUAUUCAGAUGUCAGUGACUUUAGAAGUGUACUUUCUAAGUCACGCAAUGUUCUGGUAUUGACUGGUGCUGGUAUAAGUGCUGAAAGUCAUGUUCCAACCUUUAGAGGAUCAGGUGGAUUAUGGAGGAAUUUUUCUUCCCAGGAUCUUGCUACACCCGAUGCAUUUCAUUCAAAUCCUGGUUUGGUUUGGGAGUUUUAUCAUUACCGUCGUGAAGUCGUCCGUCGUAGAUGUCCUAAUGCUGGACAUAUAGCUCUUGCCCAUGCAGAGAAACAAUACACUGAAUGUGGUCGCUCAUUCUUUGUCAUUACACAGAAUGUGGAUGGCCUUCAUGCCAAAGCAGGGAGUGUUAAUGUAUUGGAAUUGCACGGAAACCUUUAUAAAACACGAUGUUUAAAGUGCAGUGACAUUCGAGUGAAUUUUGACAGUCCGAUAUGUGCAGCAUUACUUGGUCGCGGUUCACCAAUCAUUGAGAUUAUUCCAUACGAGCCAAUUCCUGCAUCUCAGUUACCACGUUGUCAAAAUCUUAUUAACAGUAAUAUAUGUGGUGGACUGCUACGACCACAUGUUGUUUGGUUUGGAGAAAAUUUUGAACCACAUAUCCUUUCUAGAGCUGAUGAAAUAGUUCAGAAAGCUGAUGUCUGUCUGGUUGUUGGUACUAGUUCUGUUGUUUAUCCCGCUGCAAGUUUUGCUCCAUCUUUAGCCAACCGUGGAAUUCCUGUCGCUGAAAUCAAUGUAGAAGUUACUCCAGCCACUCAUUUAUUACAAUACCAUUUUCAAGGAAAAUCUGGUGAUAUUCUACCAAAACUGUUUAAUUCCUUAGCCUUAACUUAGUCGAUAUGAUAAUUAAAUAAUGCUAUUUUUUGUAUGUAUCUACCUUCAACUUCAUUUAUUUGUUUUGUAAUCUUUGUUUACGUUAAAAUCUUUUGUAUAGUCUAUUCUAAUUACACUUUCUAUCGAGAUAUCACUUGGACAAAAAGAACGAAAUCAGCAAAUGAACCAAUAAAAUUUAUUUUGUGCAUAAAAUGCAAAGUGUUUGAAAGGUGAAACAAAUAUUAUGAAUCAUUAGAAUAAUGCUUUUUAACACCAGAGUCUGAAAAAAAUGUUUAGUUAUUUUUAUAUCUUCAUUAUAUUUCUUUGUAGUGCCAUUUUACAAGAUUGACAAAUUAAAUUGCCUACCAUCCAUGUAGCAUUACUCAGUAAAUUAUAUGGAUAAAUGAUUGUAUUGUUGACGUAUAUCAUAAGAUUAUUUUAUUGUGUUUUCUUUUCAGAGAAGUUCUCACCAAUGUGGCUGUUAUUUUUUUUGUCUAUUUUAAACAGAUUAUAUCUUUUGUUUAGUUCCCAGAAGUCAUUUAUGACAGAGAACUAUACUUUUAUCGGGAGGAGGGCCUCCUAUUCCUUUUUCAUCAGCCGAGAUUUUCAGCUUCAUUUGCUUUUUGUAAUGUAAAGCAAGAUGUCACACGGCCCCUCUUCAAACGGUAAUAUUUCAGUCUCAAUUUCAUUUAUUUAUUUGAACACAUAAAUAUUGGUACAAAGGGGCAUCGGUUACAUAUACACCACACAAGUCACUUGGUGUGUGUAUGGUCUAUGAUUCUGCGUGAUCAAUCUGUCAAAACAACCACUAACAAAUACGGAAGAACACCUACUCCAAAAAGGAUUUGACAUUCUGCAUGAGUGCCCAGGUUGAAGCAGGUGGUUUUUGGGGGGAGGGGCACCCGAAGCGUUUGACCUAAAGGUCUGAUCCACA